AGGAAGACAAAUUGUAUUUUCUUUGCUGGGUAACAUGCUAAAUAGUCUAUUGACCAUGCGUUGCAUCAUAAUUAUUAUCUGUACUAUCCGCAGAUACAAUGAUCCUAUCUGUGUUGUUUUCUUUAUUAAAGCACACGUGAGCUAGCUAGCUAACAACAUUAGCACGUUAGCAGGCUAUCUAGCUACAUGUAUUGGAAUGCGAUUGUGAAGUGAACUCGCCCGUUCACAGUUCCAGCUAGCUAGUGCACGCUUAACUAGCAAUGACGCAUAGCGUGCCAAGUUUGCUUCAACAUCAUUGAAGUUUGGCUGAGGAUACCAUAAAGCUAGUAAACGUUAUGCAUUCUGAUUAUGACCCCAGUCCUUGUUUUGUAAUGUGGACAGACUUGAAGAUCUAGUGGACUUGGGCCAUUACCAAAGGAUGGGGUUGUUUGCAGGCCUUGACAAGAUUUAAAAAUAGUUUGAUGACAUAGAGAAUGGGGUUGCACUGUGGGAUGAGGUAGUAGGUUGUAUAGUUUUAGGGUCACACCCACACUGGGAGAUAACUAUACAAUCUACUGUCUUUCUCAACGUGACACUGAUGCUUCUGUCUCCAACUUGCUUUUAGUACUUUUGAUUUAGAAAUAAGGAUGUCCAACGAUGAACUUUCAAAUUAUAUUACAUUCCUUGUUCAACCUUCAUUUUUAUGAUAAAAGAUUUUUGUGACUAAAUAGAUUUUUUUCACCUCUGAGAAAGUGAUGUGGUGUAUCGUCUGCUUACAAGUCAGUUAUUGCUUAAGCAGUGUGAGGUAGUAGAUUGUAUAGUUCAAGGGGUAGGGAUUUGACCCUUUUUAGAUGAUAACUAUACAAUCUAUUGCCUUCCCUGAGAAGCAGAACAUCAUCUUUAUCCAAACCAUUUGAAUGACUGCUUAUGUUCUCAAAGUUGUAUUCAGACAGACAAGUUUAUAUUACAAUACCAUAAAUGCAUUUCUGCAUGGUCAAUGCUGAUCUGCAACGGUGCAUGCAAAUUGUGUAGUUGUAGUUUAUAAAUUGCUUGCAUGCCUAUGCAUUAUGCCUAUGAUGAGACACAUUUCAGAUGGCCUAAAAUUGGUAAUUGUAGCUGAUUUUAUAGUUGAAGGAACAACCUAAAAACCGAAAGACUUACUGUAGCUCUGAAAAUGUAUUAAGUCAAUGCAAUAUAAAGAAAUGCUGAUCUUUGAAAAUACUUUCUGCUUUGUUGGCUGUCAUUGCAUUUGUUCAUGCUUUUUUAUGUAGGCAUUUCUUUUUACUACUGUUUACUUCAGAAAAUACAGCCGAUUAAUGAAGUAAAACAUGUUUAUGUAUGAACUCAGGCCACUGCAGUAGGUCAUUACCACCUACAGAUGGUGCAAUUGUAAAAUAUAUAGGACUGCUCAAACAGACUUUAAAGUCAGUUUAAAUAAUACACUCACAACAGGUGCCUAAAAUAACACCAAGUUACUAUAAUGCAUUUGAGUGCAAUUUGAUUAACUGCGGUGUAGACCAUAUGUCUUAUGAUGUGAAUAUAUGCCACAUGUAAGGAUUGGCACACUGAUACAAUAAAUAAUCAUUAUGAUUAAUGAUAUAAACAAAUCUCUUAAACCCAAUACAGAUGCCGUUGACCUUUUGUAACCAUUUUUAACGUCCUGAUGGGCAAAAGGUUGUCUUUUCAGGCAAGCCUAUCAAAAGUCAAAUUGAUUAUUUUACACGGGAGUGGGAGGGGCCUUGGAGAGAUGGAGAAUAAAUAAACGGUCUAGAUCGGCGGAGUUAUGUCCUGGUAGAUGGAUGCGUAUUUUUUUUUCUCUUCAAAACAAACAUAACCAAACAUACAUUUUGAAGUAAAUUUUGACAUAUAAAUGUAUGAAUUCAUACCUUUUAAGAAUCAAUACUAUUAUAUUGAUAUGGGUGUCUAGCCUACACUUUUCAAUGGGGGAUUCUGCGAAUCUUUCUACCACUUAUUCUUAAACAGGUAAAUGCACCUCCAAGAAAGGCAUAUUUAUUUGGGGAACACGCCCCAAAGACAAGGUAGAUAGACACCUAGAACCUGCAGAAGUGCGGGCGAAAGCGCGCAGGUUUACCUGAGACAGACAUCCAAUGCCACAUGAACUCGAACUCAAGACCAACUCAAGGAUAUUUUGCGUCUAUUUCAAAGGAUCUUUUAUUUGUCUCAAGGAAUGUGGUCCCUCCGCUGAUAUUUUAUAUUGGAAUUCCCGCGUGUGUGACGAGCAAGAUACCGGUGGAGCAUUGCUUAAUAGAGCAAAGCAUAAUUAUUGCAAUCAUAUUCAAAUCUAGUGGCUGAACACCAUGAGUAGAAAAACACGCCGCUGGAUUUUUCACAUUUUUCUUUGCUUGGGAAUUGUAUAUUUGAAAAUUGGGGGAUUUUCGUCUGUGGUUGCAUUGGGAGCGAGUAUAAUCUGCAACAAAAUUCCAGGUUUGGCUCCUCGUCAAAGGACUAUCUGUCAAAGCCGACCCGAUGCUAUCAUAGUCAUCGGAGAGGGGGCUCAAAUGGGGAUAAACGAGUGCCAAUUUCAGUUCAAACAUGGGAGAUGGAACUGCUCUGCCCUGGGCGAGAGAACUGUCUUUGGAAAAGAGCUGAAAGUGGGCAGUAAGGAGGCUGCGUUCACCUAUGCGAUCAUUGCUGCUGGUGUGGCCCAUGCGAUAACUGCAGCAUGCACCCAGGGCAACUUGAGCGACUGCGGUUGUGAUAAGGAGAAGCAGGGCUUCUACCAACAGGGCGAGGGCUGGAAGUGGGGCGGGUGCUCUGCUGAUAUCCGCUAUGGCCUGGGCUUCUCCAAGGUGUUUGUGGAUGCUCGGGAAAUUAAACAGAAUGCCAGAACACUGAUGAAUUUACACAACAAUGAAGCGGGGCGUAAGAUAUUGGAGAAGAACAUGAGGCUGGAGUGUAAGUGCCACGGUGUCUCAGGCUCCUGCACCACCAAGACCUGCUGGACCACCCUGCCCAAGUUCCGUCAGCUGGGCUACAUCUUGAAGGACAAAUACAACCAAGCAGUGCACGUGGAACCUGUCAGAGCCAGCCGCAACAAGAGGCCUACCUUCCUAAAGUUCAAGAAGCCCUUGUCCUUCCGCAAGCCCAUGGAUACAGAUCUGGUGUACAUAGAAAAGUCCCCUAACUACUGUGAGGCAGACUCUGUGACGGGCAGCACAGGAACUCAGGGCCGCAUGUGCAACAAGACAGCUCAGCAGGCCAACAGCUGUGACCUGAUGUGCUGCGGCCGGGGCUACAACACACACCAGUACUCACGUGUGUGGCAGUGCAACUGCAAGUUCCUCUGGUGCUGCUACGUCAAGUGCAACACCUGCAGUGAGAGGACAGAGGUGUACACGUGUAAAUGAAAAUAUUUAUUGAAGACCUAUUUAUAUGCACAUUUAUUCCUAGGUUUGUUUAUUUGUGAGCACUCUGUGAAUGUAAUGUGUGUGUGUGUAUAUGUAUAUGUAUGGUUUGUAUGUGUGUGUGUGAGAGAGAGGUAUUUUACUUUUGACAGGGUUCUCUGUGGACAUACAGUAAGAACAAGAAUACCUAAUACCUAAAUAUUAUUCCUGCUCUGAUCUUUGGCCUGCAUCAGUCAGUGCAUGUUCUAUAUUUGCAGUGUUUAUGGCCCUCACAGGCAUACACCUUUUCUGCCUGCGAACACCAGUUUAUUUCAGAGAACACUAUUAAUUAUUAAUUAAUUAUUUUGUGCUGCUGCCAAUGGACAUUACCGUGACAUGAAACUGGACAGAGUUGCCACUGAGAAUAACUUUGACUUGGUCCAUGGCUCCAAAAACUGCUCUAUGGACCCAUUUGUAAACCACUUUUGGUGUGAUACUUUGCUGAUGUGUGGCCCAUUUGCAUUGGAUGUCUGAAUAGAUUUCUGUAUAGUUCAUCGACUCUUUGGACAAUUGGACCUUCUGAUAUUUUGCCUUAAAUCUACUGAGAUGUUAAAGGCAGUCAUUUUACUUUUCAAUCUAGUGAGUAUACUAAUAUUAAUUUAUUUAAUGAAACUACUGAUGUAAAUCAGAAUUAAUUGUUGAAUUAAUAGUUAAAACUGGUGAAAUGUACAGAUGACAUACACAUUUAGAUACAAAUAAUACUCUACCUUACUCCUCUAAUUCUCAUACAAUAUGUGCACAGCUUACUUUUUCCAAGAUAAAACACUGGAGAUGCUUAAGAUGGAACAUAAAUAUGGAAGAUAAUCAUCAAGUCAGUAAUAAAACUUAACUUGCGAGCCAAGUCAGAUCUGAAAACAAUUGUUUGGAACAAAAAUUGUUUCCAUUGUUAGAAAAAGAAACACAUACUUUAACUACUGAAAUAUGGGGUCAGAAUAAUUGUGGUAUUAGAUAUUUCUGUGUUGUUGUUUUUACCCCUCUUGUUGCUGCUAGUUGUCUGGAAAAUCAUAGAGGUUGUAAAUGACAACCCUAGUGAUUCUGUUUAACUGACAACAGUGACUUAAAGCUAAUUCUCUCCUACACAGCCUUAAGUAUGUUUGCGCAUCCAGACAUUGUCCCAUUGUUGACUUGGUUGAAAGGAUAUAUUUUAUGAGAGAUUAUUUUUAUAUGAAUUUUUUAUUUAUUUUGUUUCUUUGUGUAAAAAACCCUUCUAUAACUGAAUUCCAUAUCUGUUUAAAUAUUGACAAUAGGGGUAGAGCCAGUUAUGUUAUGUUGAUACAUGCCUGUACACAGAACUCGCUUGGUUAACUGCAUUGACAGAAUAGGAUGCUGUUACAUCAGUUGAUUUAAAAUGUCUUCAAGUUUUACGUGUAGGCCAAUUGUUACCAGUGAUUAGCUGAACAGAUUAAGUUGGCCUGACGUGUUGGUAGAAAUCACUACCAACAGCCUUCUUGCAGCACCAUCUUGUCAUGGAUCAUGACAUAGAGACACAGCUUUACCAAAGACAAAUUUAAAUUGUCUGUCUCUAAAAAGCCUAUUUUACAAUAUGAUGACACAGAAACCUUAACGUUCCGCAAAUAUUUGCCAAAUAUGUGUUAGUACAUAUUUGUGUUGUCCUAUCUGAUUUGACAGAAUUUUGAGUCAUGUUUCAAACAGUGUUAAUAAAUGUUGCCUCAGCAGUUUA